GUGUGUGGUUUGUUAUAUUUAUGUCCAUCUUAAAAUGACAGGGAUACUGACCGCAGUGCUGCUGUAUUUGGCAGUUUUAAAGUUCAGAUCAGAUAAGGUCUGAUGUGUUUUGCUGUUUGGUGGGCAGUUCGUCAGACACACAAACAGUUUGAGUGUCAACUUCCUGCCUCAGCUGCCUGUCGUUCGUCUGCUGAAGCUCUCGCACAAGGAAACCAGAGCAGCGGCAGAAGUGUCUGAAACAGGGCUGCGAAAUGUGCUAGCUCCAAAGUCAAGAAAAUGGCAGCCAACUCAAACCACCGCCCAAAAAGCCUUGACAUCAGUCAUGUCUCUGGUGCUUUCUCUGUGCUGUCCAUGGGGCCCGAGUCCUCUACACAGGGGCCCAAAUGUGUCCACUUUCAGAUCGGGCUGCAUAAAGAAGAUGUACGGAUCCCUGAGGGACACCUCAGCUUCCAAGAGGCGAAGCAUCUCGCAGCUGAAAUCAUUGAGAGAAAGGCUCCAGAGUGCAGUGUCGUGGGUCUCGGUGAGAAGCUGCUGUUAUUCAGACAUGAGCCGAACACAGAGCAGAUCUUACAGAGACUCACUGAAAAACACGACAUAUGCAACGGAGAUCUGGUGGAGGUGGUGCUCGCUGGAACAGCUUCACUGACGGAGAUGAAGUACCGUCCUCAUUCUCUGGUCGUCCAUUCGUAUCGCUCUCCUACGUUUUGUCACUACUGCGGUGAGAUGUUGUGGGGACUCGUCCGACAGGGUGUAAAAUGUGAAGGCUGCGGUCUGGAUUUCCACAAGCGUUGUGCGUAUAAGUUGCCCAACGACUGCUCUCGCGUGUUUCGCCGCUGCGGCCCGAGUCUGUCGCUGUUCCCCCCCGGUCGGCCCCGGACCCCGACGCUCUCCAGUCACACCGGCGGGAGCCUGGAGGAGAUCAGCAUGUCGAAGCCGUCAUGCACGCGCUCGCGUCCUCCGUCCUGGGCCAACGUGCCGGUGUCUGUGGGGCUGUCGGAGGGGAAGGAGGCCCUACCGAGAGUCCCUCACACCUUCCACAUUCACUCCUACACCAAACCCACCGUCUGCAUGCACUGCUUCCGGCUGCUCAAGGGCCUCUUCAGACAGGGCAUGCAGUGCUCCGACUGUAAGUACAACUGUCAUCGCAGGUGCAUGACUCUUGUUCCUCCCGAGUGUAAUGGUGAGAAAGCAAACGGAGAAGGAUCAAUGCAGCGCUGCAGACUGAGCUCAUGUGUGUGUGUGUGUGUGUGUGUGUGUGUCAGGCCGUGUUUCAGCAGUAAUAUUCCUCUGAUGCGAGUGGUGCAAUCAGUCAAACACCGCAAGAGAAGAAACAGUGGAGUGCUGAAGAAAGGCUGGUUGAUCCAUCACACCAACACUGACACACAUAGAAAACGUCACUACUGGGUAUUAGAUGGGAAAAGUAUCACCCUGUACCCGAAUGAAAUCAGCAAUAAGUACUAUAAGGAGAUUUCUCUGUCAGAGGUGCUGCAGGUUCGAGGUCCGGCUCAGCUCACUGUUCCUGUGAUGGCAGGUAACAGCACACACUCGUUCGAGCUCGGGACCGUAUCUCUGGUGUACUGUGUGUUUGCGGAACAGGACGGCCCAUCAUGGGAGUCAGCUCUCGAUCAGGCCCUCAGACCGGUGCAGGGCACUGUGUGCCACACGACUAACAACACCGGUGAUGGAGAGAACAGUGACCAGACCCAGGACAUCAGUGAGCUCUAUCAGAUCUUCUCUGAUGAGGUGUUGGGUUCGGGUCAGUUCGGGGUGGUUUACGGAGGCACUCACAGACACACGGGACGUCCGGUCGCGAUCAAAGUCAUCGAUAAAACAAGAUUUCCCACUAAACAUGAGGAACAGACCAAAAACGAGGUCUCGAUAUUGCAGAGGCUGUCUCAUCCAGGAGUCAUUCAUUUAGAAGGGAUGUUUAAGACCAUGGAAAAUACUUUUGUUGUGAUGGAGAAGCUCCACAGCGACAUGCUAGAGAUGAUUUUAUCUCACGAGAACGGACGUCUGUCUGAACGCACCACUCGCUUUCUAGUCACUCAGGUUUUGGAGGCUCUGCGGUACCUGCACAUGAGGGACGUUGCACACUGUGACCUGAAACCAGAAAAUGUGCUGCUGGCUUCCCCUGAACCAUUUCCUCAGGUCAAACUGUGUGACUUUGGUUUCGCUCGCAUCAUCGGCCAGAAGUCGUUUCGGCACACUCUCGUCGGGACGCCGGCGUAUCUGGCUCCGGAGGUCAUCUGUAGCAAGCGUUACAAUCGCUCUCUGGACAUGUGGGCUGUGGGCGUGAUUUUAUACGUCAGUCUGAGUGGGACGUUCCCUUUCAACGAGGACGAGGACAUUAAUCAGCAGAUCACCAACGCUUCGUUCAUGUAUCCACGCCAGCAGUGGUCCCUCAUCUCCCUGGAGGCGGUGAACCUGAUCAAUAACCUGCUGCAGGUGGUGGUGAGACGCAGGUUCAGUGUUGGCAAAGCCAUGGGUCAUCCUUGGUUUCAGAACUUCCAGAUGUGGUGUGACCUGCGUGAGUUUGAGCAGCGGAUGGGAUAUCGUUAUCUCACGCAUGAGGCGGAUGACGAGCGCUGGAGAUCCUACGCUCUGGAGAAAGGCCUCAGUUUCCCACAACAUUUAGCAGCAGCAGCAAAUGAAGAGCAGAAGCAACAGCCAUCAGCCACUUAUAUAUAACUGUGAAUAUUGUAUUAUAUCAGCAACUUUGUGAAUCUGCUGUGUUGUAAAUCUAAUUAUUUUGUUGUGCUUUAAUAUGUGACAUAUUUUUCAAUAAAAUAAGCAAGAGGCUAA